AUGGCUUCGUUGGCCAAUGGCAGGCAAGCUGCACGUGAUCUGUCAAUAGUCAACCAAGACCGGCGGACAUUACCUGGACCGCAACUACUGCAUGAGUUGGUCGCCGUGCCAGACAAGGACACUUUGAUCCUGGACUUCUUGCUCGCGGAUGGAGAGCGCGUGGAGCUCACCUACGACCGUUUCCACCGCUUGACUGAUGUCCUUGCCGGCGAUAUCAGCCAUGCACUACCAAGCAAACAGAGUGGCAAUCAUGUCGUUCCCGUCAUCAUACCGCAAUGUCCAGAGCUUUACAUUGCCUGGGUGGCUGUAUUGAAAGCUGGGGCAGCGUUCUGUCCUGUCAGCCACGAUGUCCCCCCGGAGAGAUUGAAGUUCAUUGUGAAGGAUGUCGAGGCGUCCUUCGCAUUGACCACGUCCGGCACAUUACGAGCAGUCCGACAAGUGCUUCCAGAGUUCAAACUCAUGUCUUUGACAUUGCAGGACCUCCAUGACAGAGUGGUCUACCUGUCAGAUCAUGGCUGCAUUCCUAGCAGUCUCCCGGAUGUGCAUCCUAGCCGACCAGCCUAUGUGAUGUAUACUUCUGGCUCCACGGGCAUGCCGAAAGGGGUUCUGGUGUCACAUUUGUCGGUAACCCAGUCGCUACUUGCUCACGAGGAACAUAUACCUCCCUUUAGAAGGUUUCUUCAAUUUGCUUCGCCCACGUUCGAUGUAUCAAUAUUUGAGAUAUUCUUUCCUUUCUUUCGCGGCGUGACACUCGUGGGCUGCGACCGCGAGCGUAUGCUUUCUGAUCUUCCUGCCAUCAUUCGACUGCUCGAUGCGGAUGCCGCCGAGCUCACCCCCACCGUGGCAGGGACUUUGCUGAAAAGCAGAGAGGCCGCGCCAUGCCUGUACACGCUACUCACCAUCGGAGAAAUGCUGACACCUCAAGUGGUCUCCGAAUUUGGAGGAAGCAAAGAGAGGCCGAGCAUGUUGUAUGCAAUGUAUGGGCCUACAGAGGCCGCAAUCCACUGCACAGUCGCACCCAGAUUAGCGUCCGAUGCCUCCGUACGCAGCAUUGGACGACCCCUCCAGACGGCCACGGCCUUUAUAUUGGAAGACUCCGACCAUGGCAAGAUAGCACCCAUUGGCGAAUCCGGUGAGCUCGCCAUUGCAGGCCAGCUCGCUGAUGGAUACCUGAACCGGCCCGACCAGAACAAGCUGGCCUUUGUCGACCUGCCUGGACACGGGCCUGUCUACCGAACUGGCGACCGGGCCAGAUGUCGUGCUGACGGGGAAUUGGAGAUUAUGGGGCGAAUGACGACCGGCCAAGUCAAACUCAGGGGUCAAAGAGUUGAGCUGGGUGAGGUGGAGGAGGUUGCCGCAAAGACUCCUGGUGUGCAAAUCGCCGUCGCAAACAUCAUCGAUGAUGUCCUAGUCUUAUUCUGUUCUGCCGCCCAGGAGCUCCGAACUCACGAUGUCCUCAAUACGUGCAAGUCGUGGUUACCGCCAUACAUGCGGCCUGGCGAAAUAGUGAUUUUACCAGGAGCCAUUCCUCGGUUGCCUUCUGGAAAGUUGGACAGGAAGGCACUUGAGCGCGAUUUCCGAAAUUCCCGUGGUUCCCUUCGAGAUGAUAAGUUCUUGGACGACACAGAACGGAAUGUGGCCAGGAUCGUCGGGGACGAACUGGGUCGCAGGGUGGAUGGAUCGACCUCGCUCUGGUCCCUAGGGAUGGAUUCCCUUCGAGCCAUCAAGGUCGCUUCCCGACUUCGCCUGGACCAUGAUCGAAUAAGUGCCGCUGUGGUCAUGGAUGCCGAAAAUGUGGCGGAGCUGUCAAACUGGAUCACAAAUUCCAUGUCUGCACCGGAAUCAGUUCAUUCUGGAUCGAACUAUGAGAUGUCUGCCGAAUGGGUCGCAACUGAGUCUUCAAUACGCACACAGCCCGAGUUUGCGGACCUCUGGACAAUGUGGGAGAAGAUCGUGCCGUGCAGUAGCAUGCAGAUAGCAAUGCUCGUGGAGACUGCCUCAAAUGAAUGCUUGAACUUUAAUGAUAUCCAACUUCAGCUCGCCCCCGAAGUGAGCUUUGACGACUUUCGUCGAGCAUUCGACCUUGUUGCCGAACAAAACGAGAUUCUUCGAUCAGGGUUCGUUCCUACUGGACAACAGGGCUUCCCUUUUGCCCAGGUUGUAUGGCAACACAUACCCCACGGUGAUCUGAGCGUGCUCCGACCGUUACAAUUGCAAACUGUCGACAGUCAAAACGACAGAGAAGUAUUGAUACGUCUCCAUCAUGCUUUGUACGACGGCUGGUCCUGGGAUCUGGUCUUGGACGAUCUGAACGCAAUUCUGUGUGGAAAGGGUAUACCACAUCGAGCUCCCUUCAGAGAAUACGCCUCGUAUCAGAACACUUUGCUCGACACUGAUAGCGCCAAUACCAUGGAAUACUGGCGUCAACUUCUUGCAGAUUUCGUCCCUUCGGCUUUUCCUACUUUCUGUUCCACUCGACCACAGUCUCCGUCAAAAGACCGCUUAGUUGUGCCUUUGUCCAUGUCUUACGACCAGCUAUCGGAGACUGCGAAGGCGCUGCAUUGCAGCCGAGAAACAAUCUUAGAAGCGGCAUGGACAGUCUUAAUGUCGUCCUACGUCGACAGUAUCGAUGUCGCCAUCGGGGUUGUCUUUGCCGGCCGUCACGUUCCUUUCCCCGACAUCGAAUCCACCAUUGGGCCAUGCUUGUCUACCUUCCCAGUGCGUGUGGACUUUGAUGGGUUGAGGACAGUACGAGACCUUUACAGUUACAUACAAAGACAACGCACCAGAUGCUUGAGAAAUGGGAACAUCACACUCCGGGAUAUUCAUCGGGCAGCAGCCCUAGGGGCUGGGAAGAGGAUUUUUGAUACGUUAUGCGUGUGGCAAGAAAGCAAUGACUCCCACAAUCGAAAUCGGUCCAAAGUGGCCACGGGUGAGACUCACGAUGCAUUGGACUAUGCCCUUGUACUCGAGUUCGAGCCUCGUGACGGGAGGAUAGACCUGAAGCUGACCUUCGACACGAAACAUAUAUCUGAUGCUCAUGCAAGGCUUCUAGCUGCACAGCUGGAUCACAUCACGAUGGAGAUGCUGGAGAAUGUUGAGAUGGACUUGCACCAUUUGUGGGAAAGCUCAAGCAAGGAUAUCCUUUCGCUCUCAAAUGCACAGCCUGAAAAGUUCAGUAAAAGGUUCGGCCUUACAACGACCAUUUCCACCCUUGCCAAAACUGAUCCCGCAAGGGUGGCUGUCGAUUUUAUUCAUGCGUUUGAUCUUGACACCGGUCGAAUCGAAAGAUCCACCCUCACGUACCACGACCUAUUCGAGAAAGCUUCAACUAUAGCAUCAGCAUUGCAAGAGUCAUUUAGGAUUGGAGUAGACGAUAUUGUGGCUUUCCUCGCUCCAAAAUCAGUCGAUCUUUAUAUCGGCAUCCUAGGAGCAAUCAUCAGCGGCGCCGGGUAUUUAUACAUCGACCCGCGGACCCCUACGGAACGAAUCAGACAUAUAACUAGGGAGUCUGCUUGUCGUGUUAUUCUGACUGCACAUGAGUCGAAUGUCCAACUUCAGGACGGCUCGGCAACGUUUGCAUCUAUAGCAGAACUUCUACAACACCAUUCAAUCCCCACCGGACGGCACUGGCCUGAUGUACGGGACGACCAACUGGCGUACGCUGUCUUCACGUCUGGCAGCACUGGUGUUCCAAAAGGCGUCCUCAUCACUCGGAACAACCUGCUGAGCAACAUCGAUGAUCUUUCUCACCUUUAUCCCUGCUCUCCUGAAAAAGAUCGACUUUUGCAAGCAUGCUCUCUAGCAUUUGAUGUAUCCGUCUUUGAGAUCUUUUGGACUUGGCAUAUGGGAAUGACCUUAUGCUCGGCCUCGAAUGACGUUCUUUUCAAAGACCUUGAACGCAUUAUCAAUGACUUAAAAAUUACACAUCUCAGCAUGACGCCCUCCGUGGCCGCGCUUGUCCAUCCUGAUCGUGUUCCACAUGUAAAAAUGCUGGUCACGGCAGGGGAGCCGAUGAAUUCGAGAGUUUUCACGGACUGGGCUGAUCGUGGUUUAUUCCAGGGUUACGGUCCAAGCGAGACUACGAACAUAUGCAACGUUCGGCCCCAUGUCAGGAAACUAGAUGCAUCUAACAAUGUUGGUCCUGCACUACCCAAUACUUCCAUCUUCGUCUGCAGAAGACAAGAGAUUUCCUCCACGGAUCGCAGUGAUUCGAGAUCUGCAGCCCCUCUGACUUUCAAACUAGUACCGAAAGGCGGAGUGGGCGAAAUAUGGAUUGGUGGUGAGCAGGUAGGUCGCGGUUACAUUGACGCAGCGCUCACUGCAAGAUCAUUCCUCAACCAUUCUGAAUACGGCCGCUUAUAUCGCUCUGGAGACAUUGGAAGACUUCUUGUGGAUGGCUCUCUGAUGAUCCUAGGGCGAGAGGACGACCAAGUCAAGCUUAGAGGCCAGCGUAUUGAGCUGGGAGAAAUCAAUUCGUCCCUGAUCAACUGUGAGGAAGUGGAAGACGCGGUCUCCGUGAUCAUCGACGAAGGUAAGAAUGCAAGGCUGGUCGCUUUCUGGACCGAGCGCCAAUUCGAAAGAUAUCAAUCUUCGUCAAAGGUCACAAGGGCUUUGUUCCAGAAGUUGGAAAAUCUACUCCCAAGUUACAUGGUCCCCGAUGCUCUGGUCCGGCUUGCACAGAUUCCUUUAACCAGGCAAGGCAAAGUUGAUCGAAGGGCUUUGGGCGAGGCUUAUCACACCCUCGCACAAGAGGAUCUUCAAGAAUCUUCAAGGAACAAUGCCUCUUCGGAUACUGCAGACCAACUUUCCCAAAAUGAGACACUCGUUGCUCAAGCCAUAUCCAGUGUGCUUGGUGUGCCUUCUGAGGCUAUCCGUCGCAAUAGUUCUUUCUAUGCGCUCGGAUUGGACUCAAUUAGCGCCAUACACGUCGCUGGGUCACUCCGGGACCACUUUCCUUCCGUGCAAGUAUCUAUGAUUCUGCAAUAUCCGUCAAUUGGUCAACUUGUGGCUGCUUUGGAGGCAAGAAAGGGCGAUCGCCCAAAGAUACAGCGGCGAGAUAACAUGGAUGGCCUGUUUGACGUCAAGUGGAAGGCUACGGUAGUCGCUACCUACGCACGAGCAGGCCUCCUGGUGGAUAGGUUUCUGCCUUGCACGCCUUUGCAAGAAGCAAUGGCGAGCAGCUCCUUAAACUCGUCAUCUCGUGGAUAUCAAAAUACUCUACGAUUCGAGGUCUACGGCGAUGUCUACAAGCUGCGAGACGCGUGGGUCCACGCAAUGGCUAGACAUCAGCUCCUUCGAACCGGCUUUGUCUCUACGGAGUCAGCUGACACACCUUUCGCCCAGGUUGUCUUGAAGAGAUUGGAACUACCAUGGGUGGACGUCGGCAUGCAUGAUAUCUCAACGCCUGACUUGCCAUUCUUGAUGUUGCCUCCGUGGAAGUUGGAAUUGAGUCGACGAGAGAGCAAUCGCUAUGAAUUACGUCUUGAAAUUCACCACUGUCUAUACGACGCAGAGGCCAUGUCCGUCCUCCUGACCGAUAUCCAAUCCUUGUAUCUUGGCCAAGAGGUACAGGUCCCAGUCCCAUUCGACCACUAUUUAAGUUUCAUGCAGUCGCCUCAAUCGGAUGACACCGAUGAAUUUUGGCGCGAAAGGCUAGUAGGACUCUUUCCCACCAGGCUUACUGAGCUGGUCAAGGUUGAAGACAGAACCUUCAUGAGCAAGACGGCGAUAUCGGAACGCAAAGCUACCCUCAGUCUCUCUGAGUUCCUCAAGUGCGUGCGCAGAAGCUCUUCGACGCCACUGUCACUGUUGCAGGCUUCGUGGAGUCGAAUCCUGUCUUGUAUCUUCGACCGACAAGAUGUUUGUUUCGGCAACGUGUUCAGUGGGCGAAAUCUACCCAUUGAUGGUGUUGAACGGAUUGUCGCUCCAUGUUUCAAUACUCUCCCAUUAAGGGUCAAGCUCCGGUUCGAGCAAUCCAACCUUGAUUUGAGCAAGGACAUUCAGCAAGUGAACUUGAAAAUGUUGCCGUAUCAAUCUAGCCCUCUUCGACGGAUCCAGCGACAUGUUAGCCAUGAUGGCAAAGCCUUGUUUGACACAUUGCUAUUGUUUCAGCAAAAGGAAUUGCAGUUGGACAAGCAGAUUUGGACACUGCUUGAAGAGUCCGGUGAUAUGCCCUUCCCCUUCAUCCUAGAGAUUUCGAUACAUGAGUCCGCUGAUGCGAUAACCCUCAAAUUACACUCACAGUUUGCAAAUGAGGGCCUUUUGACGCGACUCUUGCAUUGCUUUGAUGCUGCACUCACACAUACAACGAGGUUCCCUCAGGCCAGAGCCCUAGACCAUUCACCUUUCAUCCAGAUGUUGCCUGAACUGAAGCCGAAGGAUGAAACGAAAGUGGCUGCUCACUCAGCGCCUGAAGUGCAGACGGACGGGGUGGAAGAUGCAAGCCAUGAGCUGUCAGGUACAGAAAGACUGGUCGGAGAUGUGCUGGUGCAAUUGAAAUCCGAUGGUUCAACUGGCAUCACCAAAAAUACCAGUAUCUAUCGGCUAGGAUUCGACAGCAUCGGCGCUGUACAGGUCGCUGCGAGGCUUCGGAAACACGGAUUCAACAUUUCUCGUGCGGACAUUCUGGAAGCUGUCACUGUCGAGGAGAUAGCGGCAGUGUGCGACUCCAGAAACGAAUCUACGCCUUCAACCCAGGCGUUCGACCUUGAGGCAUUUGACCGAGAAUAUCGACGAUCGAUAUGCCUGACUAAUAAGAUUGACGAAGAAAGAGUGCAGUCUAUCCGCCCUUGUACUCCCACUCAGUCAGGCAUACUUUCCCAAUAUCUUCGUUCCGGGUGCCGCAUGUACUUCAAUCGCGUGGAGCUUCAGCUGGAGGACGAUGUGGAUUACCGCAAGCUGAAGGCGUCGUGGACAACUGCCCAACGUCUCCAUGAGAUGCUCAGAACAGGAUUUGUGGAGACUGACGAUCCACGAUAUCCAUUCGCCAUGGUAACGUAUCGUGCGAACGCAGUUCAGCUGCCUUGGGUCGACAGUGUGACCAAGGGAGACUAUACUGAAGCAAAACCGGACUACAGAGGAAGUCAGAUGAGGCUACCAUGGCAUUUGCACUUGUCUAAGGGUGCAUCACCCGCCACGCUGGAGCUGUCCAUGCUGCAUGCUCUUUACGAUGCAACAUCCCUCGAUAUAAUGUUAAAAGACGUGGCCUCCAUUUAUCGAGGCAUUUGGCCCAAGGAACCCGUUGCCCUCUCCCCUAUCAUCUCAGGCAUUCUCGCCUUGGGCAAUGACGAAGGCUCGAGGAGGUUCUGGUCAGAACUCUCUGCGGAUCUUUGCCCGACCCACUUCCCUGAUAUGCGGAUCUAUACCAGACAAGAUGUGCGUUUUCACACAGCCUCUCACCGGGCAAAGCUGUCUCUUGCAGCCGCAGAAAAGGCAUGCGCCCUUAUGGGAGCAAGUCUGCAAGCUGUGUGCGCUGGUGCAUGGGCUCUUCUGCUUUCUGCUUAUACUGCGCAGGAUCAUGUCACAUUCGGCAUCAUCAUGUCCGGUCGAGACUUUGAUCAAGAGGAGCAAAACAUGGCCGCCUUUCCCUGCAUCAAUACCGUUCCAUUUGCAAUCAAAGUUUCCCAGGACUUGCCUGAGCUUCUUGGACGGUCCACGAGACGAUGUGCGGGAGUGAUGCGGCAUCAACAUACCCCGCUGAGUGCAAUCAAGCGCUGGGCAGGGGUUGAAGGCGACCUCUGCGACACCGUCAUUGUUCUGCAAAAAUACGAUACUGAAUCAGGACCCAAACGACCAUGGUCACUCACCAACGACGAUGCUACUGCCGAGUAUGCCGUCUCGUUGGAAAUCAUUCCUACCGCCCACAAUCAUUUGGACCUGCAGCUCACAUUUCAGGAUAGUGUCAUUCCUCAAGAGCAGGGCCGCCACAUCCUCCUGGCUUUCGACACCCUCUUCACGAGCAUCUUGGGAUUCACGAGUGAUGUAGACUCCUCACGGUCUGUUGUUCCUCCCAAAGAUAAGCGGCUCGUCACCGACGUGUCUUACCUUCACGAACUCGUGGAGGUGACUGCGAGGCAAAAGCCCCAAAGUACGGCGCUGGAGUUCGUUACAAGUCUCGACGAUGCAAAUCCGAUGAAACGGACUUGGACAUACUCCGAAUUGAAUUCGAAUGGCAACCGGAUUGCUCAUCUGCUUUUAAGCAAGGGCGCAAAGGUCGGAGAGCUGGUGGCAGUGUGUUUUGAUAAAUGUCCUGAAGCAUCGUUCGCCAUAUUGGGAGUCUUAAAAGCCGGAUGCGGCUAUGUUGCUAUCGAUCCUGGCGCCCCCAAAGCGAGAAAGGAGUUCAUCCUUCGUGACUCGAAUUGCAAAAUUAUCCUCACAACGACGGAUAAGAUGCUAGAAUUCUCCUCUGAUGCCGACUCUGCCCUUGCCCUCGAUGAAGGUACUUGGCAACAGCUCCCAGAUGAUACUCCUAUGCUUUCAAAGUAUCUCGAAGCGCGAGAUACCUGUUACUGUCUAUACACCUCUGGCACGACUGGAACUCCCAAAGGCUGUCUGAUCAGCCAUGACAGUGCAGUUCAGGCAAUGCUAUCAUUCCAACGUAUUUUUCAGGGAAGGUGGAAUGCGACAUCCCGAUGGCUACAGUUUGCAUCAUUUCACUUUGAUGUCAGCGUCCUGGAACAAUUUUGGAGCUGGAGCGUGGGAAUCUGCCUCACGUCAGCUCCUCGAGACCUACUAUUCGAAGAUCUUGCAGGGUUUAUCAGUGCGCUCAAGAUCACCCAUCUGGAUCUCACUCCAAGUCUGGCACGGUUGCUUACGCCCAAGGAUGUCCCUAGCCUAUGUGAAGGAGUCUUCAUCGUCGGCGGUGAGCAAGUCAGGCAGGACAUUCUCGACACUUGGGGGGAUACGCACUGCUUGUACAACUUCUAUGGGCCUAGUGAAGUGACAAUCGGCUGUACAGUUCACCCACAAGUUCCCAAGAAUGCAAAGCCAACCAAUAUUGGCCAACAAUGGGACAAUGUAGGCUCUUUCGUGCUGGAGCCAACCUCACAGAAGCCAGUCUUGCGCGGUGCUGUGGGUGAACUGUGCUUGUCAGGCCCUCUUGUUGGAAAGGGUUAUCUCAACCGUCCUGAGCUCACUGCAGAAAAGUUCGUCACCCUGGCCGAGUACAAAACAAGGGUAUACCGAACGGGUGAUCUUGUGCGACUUUUGCAUGACAACAGUUUUGAUUUCUUGGGCAGAAUUGAUGACCAAGUCAAACUACGUGGGCAACGUCUGGAAAUCGGCGAAAUCAACCAUGUGGCACUGAGUGCUGCGCCGAAUCUCAAAGAUGUGGUCACCAUGGUGAUCAAGCAUCCGACGCAGCAGAAAGACCAACUUGUGACCUUUUUCUCCACGGAGCAAAGGGCAAAGAAUGGAAAACCGUCCGUUGUGUCCAGCAAAGAGACGAAGGAGCUCUCCAGGAAUAUACAACAGAGAUGCGCAGACAGGCUACCAGCAUAUAUGGUGCCCACCUUUUUUAUAGGUGUCUCUUCUAUUCCGCUCUCAGUCAACAACAAAGUCGAUCAUAAGGCUUUGAAAGCAUUCUUCGACUGGUCGGCAAUAAAUCCGCAGCAACUAACCUAUGGUGAUGUGGUACAAGCGGAGACUGAGACUCCAAGAGAGGUUCAGGAGGUGAUCGAGGUGCUGUCAACCUAUUUACAGAUUCCUACGUCUUCCGUCAAACCUGAAUCAAGGCUGUUUGAGCUUGGCUUAGACUCGGUCUCUGCGAUUGGGGUUGCCCGAGCCUUCAAAAGGCAUGGUUUCAACACCUCUGAUGUGGCCACGAUUCUUAGACACCCUGUGGUCCGCGAUCUGGCGCGGGCCUUGAAUCAGAGAACCACAUCUAAUCACGGCCAGCUAGUUGCGGCUGCUCGAGACACAAUCAAUUCAUUCGCGACAACUCGCCUUCAAGCCAUCAUGCAGUCUCUAGGCGUCGUCGAGAAGGAUAUUGAGCACAUUGCGCCAUGCUCUCCGCUACAGGAAGGCAUGAUUUCGAAGGUCUUGCGCAGUGAACCUGAUGAUGUGCUCUAUUUCACCCGUUUCACUUUUGACACCAGCAGUGAGGUCGACCUUGAACGUCUGACAAAAGCUUGGGAGUUAACCCAGCAAUCGGUCUCAAUUCUCCGAACCCAUUUUGUGCCUACUGCAGAUGGAGUUGCCCAAGUGGUGCUUCGCAGCGGUCACAAGGGUGUUGCCCUCGUUUCUCCCGAGAGCGAGAAGAAACAAUCUCGUGCCUUCACUAGUUCGUCGUUCAAAGCAUGGGUGGGAUCUGUCAGAUCACUAACGAAAGCAUUGCCAUGGAAGGUCAAAAUCUUCCACUCCGGCGAGAGAAAAUACAUGGUCCUGGAUCUCUUCCAUGGACUUUAUGACGGUGUCAGCCUACCACUGCUUCUGGAUGUCGUGGCCAGGUACUACGACAGUCCCGAUGAGAUUGUCAAAGUCGGCCUGCAAUUUUAUGAGACCUUGCCCUACGGCCCUCUGCGUCCCAUCCCUGAUGGAAAAGACUUCUGGUCAUCGAGUCUAGAGACGUUACAACCUCUCCGAUUGCCCUUGGAUGAAUCUGGACAAGGGGCCGCAACAAAGCACAUCAAUCUGAGCCAGAACAUGAUAAUUGCUGGGAUACAAGACAUUUGUACGCAGCUCGACGUUACCACCUCAGCAUAUUUCCAAGCAUCCUUUCUAUACAUCCUGCAAAAGAUGUACAAGGUCCGCCCAAUGAUAGGGGUUGUAGUAUCAGGGCGAGCGUUGAACGACAUAAACGCCGAAGAUGUGAUCGGUCCGAUGUUCAACACUAUUCCUUUUGGCAUUGGGCAUCUCAAAAAAGACUCAGCUUUCGUUGAUCUUGUGCGCGCCUGUCAUCAAUUUAACGUCGAUGUCGUUCCAUAUCAGCAUACACCGUUACGGAAGGUCGCCAAAUACCUCGGGCAUGCUACCAGCACAGACUUGUUUGAUGCGCUUUUCGUUUUCCAAAAGCCGAGACUGGAGUUGGGACAGAACCAUCCGUGGCAUGAAAUCCCUUCCCAGAGCCCGCCGGAUUACCCGCUCAACAUGGAGGUGGAGCAGCAGAAAGACAGCUUCACUGUUACUCUUGUUGCCAAAACACGGUAUCUCGAUGAGGAAAAUGCCAGAUUGUUGCUCGAUAUGUACUGCAAGAUUGUGCAAGAUGGAGAGAUGAUGCAACUAAAACUUGCCGAAGAUUUCUGCUCAGGACAGCCUGCCCCUACCGAUCAAGAGAUGCAUGAGGAUGAGAACACGCACUCAGUCAACGCCAUGGAUGGGGAUUCUGGAGACAUUAAAUGGACCGACACAGAACUGGCUGUUCGGAGUCAAAUCGCUGGGCUAGCCUCGAUGGCUGAAGAGACUAUCCAUCUGAACCGACCAACUCUCUUCGAACUUGGCCUUGAUAGCAUCGAAGCAAUGAAGCUUUCCGCUCGUCUUAAAAAUGAUGGAUUGAAGGUCCCGGUUAGUGCGAUUAUGAGGUCUCCCACGGUGGCAGGCAUUGCAAGGGAAAGCAAGGCUGCUGCAGAGCGAUCUACCGUGGCAAAUCCUGACGCCGAAGUCAGUGCUCAUAUAUCUGACAUGCAGACCACCUAUAGGCGGAUCCUACGCGAGCAGGGCAUCGACCUCAACGACAUGGAAAAGAUAUUGCCUGUAACUCCUAUGCAGGAGGGUCUACUUCUCGAGUCAGAGAAGUACCUGAAUACCAUGGUGUUUGAACUGAGGCCUCAGAUCGACGUGGCGAGACUCAUUGAGGUCUGGAAGCGCUUGUCUCGGCAAGAGCCCGUUCUGAGGACUCGCUUUGUGCCUGUUGAGACGGUGGAACUAGAAGCAGGUUUCGUCCAGUACGUAAGGAAACAAAACGAUGUUGUGCAAGUCUUCCAUGACAGGACUUUGACGGAAAUGCUUCAGAGCAUGGUGGAAGAAGCUGCUGGGAAAGACUUGAGACACCAAAGGACGCGCGUGCAUAUACUCACAGAUCCCAGCGGAAAGACCUUUUUGGUGCUUGCUAUGCCUCAUGCACUGUACGAUGCAUGGUCAAUGAACUUGCUUCAUCAGCAGGUUGCAAAGCUUUACCAUGGAUCUGCCGACAACGAAGGACCAUCCAUGGCCGUCCCUUAUGAGAAGCACCUUCAGGAGAUCUUCAACCAAGCACAAAGUUCCACCUCAAAAGACUUUUGGGACAACCUUCUGUCGCACAUCAAGUCCAGCCUUUUGAAAGAGAGCUUGCCUCCAUCACAACAAUCCAUGCCUGGCUUCCUGCUGCAGACACGUUCAUCUAGGACCCUCGCCGAGACACUGAAGUUUUGCCAACAACAGGGAGUGACCCUGCAGUCUCUAGGGCUUGCUUGCUGGAGCGUCGUCUUAGCGCACUAUCUCCGCAGACUUGAUGUUUGUUUCGGUUUAGUUCUCUCCGGCCGCACAACUGAAGGCUCCGAUCGACUCAUAUUUCCGACUUUCAACACAGUUGUCUUCCGGCCAAUGAUCCGUGACGGAUCCACUAUACGGGAGGCACUCAAAAAAGUGCACGAUGCUAGUGUUCGUGCGUUGGAACACCAGCAGUAUCCAUUGCGUGAGGCUCUCCGCGCGGCCAGAGUACAAGGAGCUGAUGCCGCGUUGUUCGACACCCUGUUUACUUUCCAGAAGUUGCCAGAAUCAGAGGGUGACACAACGAGUCUCUAUGACGAGAUCGAGCUCGCAGGAACUCCGACUCAGCCGCCAUAUCCAGUCAACAUUGAAUUGGAGGGUCAGGACAAUGCUCUCGUUUGGACAGUCGCCGUGCAGUCCGGGGUAACCGAGAAGCAAGCCGCAGAGGAUUUGCUACAAAAGCUUGAGUCUGUCAUAUCCUCCUUCAUGGAUGCACCUGAGGAUCCUCUUCUACGAAAGGACAACACCGAGGUGUCCAUCUGUGGCUUGCCUAAUAUUGAACUGACGACUCAGCGUCCAGCCGUUGCAACAACCGACGGCCGAACCUCUCCUGAGGAGGAGACAAAUGAAGAACCAGAAGCUUGGGGCCCGACAGAAGCCAGGAUCAGAGAUGUCCUGGCAGAAGUCUCAGGAUUAGAUAAACAGCGCAUCAAGAAGACCACAGGCAUCUUCCACCUGGGUCUGGACAGUGUCAGUGCGAUCAAAGUCGCAGGCCUCCUAAAGAAGCAAGAUCUGAGGCUUCCAGUCAGCGAGAUGAUCAAGGCGCAAACAGUUCAACGAAUGGCUGCCAUCGCAGACAAUUUGAAGGCCAGCAGCAGCCGUGGAGUCGUUCCACCGACGCCCAAAGAGUCUCACAAAAUCGGUCAUGUCUACGAGGCUAUCAAGAACCGAUUUGCGGUGCCCGAACAUCAUGUCGAAGACAUUUUGCCCUGCACUGGCGGCCAGGCAUAUAUGCUUGAUAUGUGGUCUGCAAGCCAGGGCCGUUUAUUCUAUCCCACCUUCUGGUUGAGGGUGACUGGCACGACUGUCAUCGCUCUGCGGACCGCAUUGGACAAGGUUGCCGAGCAGAUCCCACUCCUCAGAACCACUUUCGUCAAUCUGGGAGACGAUGGCUACGAAAAAACAUGGCAAGUUGUAUUGAGACCUGGGGUUGCUCGUGACUAUGAGUUACCCUGGUCGACGCGUGUCGAAGAACACGACGACGGAAUACUGUUGACUCUCAGGCUGCACCAUGCUCUCUACGAUGCAGUGAGCUUUGAACUGAUCGUAUCUACGAUACAAACGCUAUGCAAGGACGUUGCAUUUCCAGUACAAUUGAACACGUCAAUGCAUGAUUUCAUCUCAAGAACCAACACGGACCAGGAGAAGAUAAAAGGGUUCUGGUCAUCGUACCUAGAUUCAGACCAUCACUUUCAUUCCACUUUGAGAGCAGGCUUCUAUGGAAGUUCUCGCUUUGAGAAGUUCAACGGUCGUGUCCUCGAGACAGCACAUCUUAGUGAAAAGAUCAGACAUCACGGGAUCAGCCUACAAUCCGUCUUCUUCGCCGCCUACGCUCAUGUCUACUCUGCCCUGCACCAGCCUCCGAGAUCGAACGCACAGGACGGUGACAAACCAGCAAACGGUGCCGUGAUUCUGGGAAUCUACCUGGCCAACCGAUCACUUGAUAUUGAAGGUCUGACAGAGUUGAUUGCUCCGACGUUCAAUAUCGUGCCGCUCAAAGUCCAGGUCAGCGCGGAGAUGACCCUUGUCGACACGGCGUUACAGAUACAGCGCGAUCUGGCGGAGAUCACGAAAGCCGAGCACUGCGGAGUGAGUAUGCGAGAUAUUCACGCAUGGACAGGCGUCAAAAUCGAUACCUUUGUCAAUUUUCUCGCUUUGCCAGACAACGACAGCAGUGAUCGAUCCGUGGAAGGUAUCGAACUGCCAUCAGAAGCAGACAACCCCAAUCAACAGGGCCCAGGGACUGGUGACUCAAGCCAGCAGGUAAAGGUGACGCAUGCACAGCUUGACCCAAAAGAUAAGAGUCAGCUUGAGCAUCAUGUCGAGGCUGCAUCGCCCUUCUUGAAUGGCUCCAAGCAACAAGAAUCCACAACAGAAUGGCGUCUGCCUGCAAUCGACAUCGAAGCGAAAGUCGCAGAUGGAUAUCUUGGGAUCGGUGUCUUUGCUCCACAGGACAUGCUUGAUGCAUCGCAGGUGGAUUGGAUCAUGGAGCAGAUGAACAGCUUGCUGAUGAGCAUCCCUGAAGCGUGA